UAAUUGCGACACCCUACAUGAAUGCACUUCCUUCUUUGUAGCGUAAAGUCAAGCACAUCGAAUAACACGCUUGAUUCAAGAGAAACAGCUGUGCUAUUCUUUGUGUUCAUACUUCCUCAAGUCAUGGCGGACGAGAGGAGAUGUGCGGGUUCAGCUGCAGGUGCUGGAGUCUCCUCGCUCGGGAAGGCUCUGUCACAAAACCGCUUGGACGUGGUCGACGACGAUGAUCCCUCAUCAAUGCCAGCUGCCCCUCACCGGUGCGGUGCGACAAAGAAUGCUUUCCGUAGGAGGAGACUGUCUAGCGGGCAGAGGCUCGAGUCGCUGGACUCUGUGUUGAGCCCGGCUGCAGAAGCGCGCGUCUUGGUUAUCAACACCGGAGGAACUAUCGGUAUGAUGUACAAUGACGAUGUGCUCACCCCACAGGCAAACGCAUUUGUAAAGGCUCUACGGAAGCUGCCUACCCUACAUGAUGAACUGUAUGCCCAGCAAACCAGACUUUAUGACUAUUAUCAAGCCACAGAGAACACUCUGGUCCUGCCGCUUUCAAACCUGGAUAAGAGAAUUAUCUACACAGUGAUAGAGUAUUGUCCUCUUCUGGACUCCUGCAACAUGACGACGGAUGACUGGGCAAAGAUCGCUAAGGAUUUAUAUAAAUACUACGAACAAUACGAUGGUUUUGUGAUUCUGCAUGGUACCGACACAAUGGCUUAUACAGCAUCAGCUCUGUCCUUCAUGUGUGAACACCUGGGCAAGACUAUCAUCCUUACAGGCUCUCAGGUGCCGAUCUAUGAGUUAAAGAAUGAUGGCCGUGACAACUUGUUAGGUGCCCUACUUAUCGCUGGCCAGUUUGUGAUUCCAGAGGUCUGUCUAUAUUUUCACCACAAACUAUACAGAGGAAACCGGGUCACCAAGGUGGAUUCUGGGAGUUUCAACGCUUUCUCCUCUCCUAACCUCCCUCCACUGGCAAAUGCUGAAGUAGAUAUAAAGGUUAACUGGGACUCAGUUUGGAGAGCCAACACAACCAAAAAGUUUUUGGUUCAGACUAACAUGAACAGGAAUGUCGGACUCUUGCGCAUCUUCCCUGGAAUUACGUCUGAGACUGUCCGUGCUUUCCUGCAGCCCCCCAUGGAAGCUAUAGUUCUGGAGACGUACGGCAGUGGGAAUGCACCUGACAACCGUCUCGAUCUGCUGGAAGAGAUCAGAAAGGCCACAGACAGGGGGGUCCUCAUAAUCAACUGCACCCAGUGCCUGCGGGGCUCGGUCACAGAGACCUACGCCACUGGAAAAGCCCUUAGCAAUGCAGGUGUGAUAGCAGGGGGUGACAUGACACCAGAGGCGGCCCUCUCCAAGCUUUCAUACGUGCUGGGUAAAAGCCAGCUGAGUAUGGAACAGAAAAGAAAGAUGCUAAGUGAAAACUUAAGGGGAGAGAUGCUCGCACCACUUAAAGGAGCCACGUUCUCGCUAAGAGACAGCAGAUUCAUUCAGGUCAUAGCUAGGUCUCUCAGUGUCAGCUGUAAAGAGGAGCUGGAAGCAGUCCGUGAUGCUUUAAACCCCACCCUGGCUUGCUCAGCUGCUAAAAUUGGAGAUAUCAACGCCCUGGAAGCCAUUUGGGAAAUGGGCAGUAACCUGAGCAGUGAAGAUUAUGACGGACGGACUCCACUUCACGUCGCCGCAUGCGAGGGCCACCUGAAGGUAGUUCAGUACCUGCUUGAUCACGGAGCCACUGUCCACACCAAGGAUCGCUAUGGUGACACACCACUCAGCAAUGCUGUCAAGUUCAGGCACAAGGAGAUUAUCGGUCUCUUACGGCAGACAGGGGCCCAUCUUUCUCGUGAAGAGAUGGAAGUAGCGGGGACAGAACUUUGCAACUUGGCAGCAAAUGCUGACCUGGUAGGGCUUGAGAUUUGGGAGCUUGCUGGUGCUCGCAUGGAUGUGACCGGCUACGAUGGAAAAACUCCUCUGGAAGUGGCACAAGCAUCCGGGAAUGAGGAGGUGAUUGCAUUUUUUCAACAAACACAUCUGCGCAGAGGACAGCUGCUGCCAGAUGAAAAUAAUGAGAUAUUUCAGAAUGGAGAAUGUAUUAAGCUCACUGACCCUAGAAGAACCUGAACACCUACUGUAGCAGCAUCACAAGAUAAUGGAGUCUGCAUGCUGCUGUUCAUCCAUAAUCUUACAGCAGAUCAGCUUCAAAUAGACUCUACUGAAGAUUGCUGUCAUCACUAUAGUGGAAUACUUGCUCAGUGCCACACUAUCCUAAAAAAUUGUGAAAAUAGAAGCUGAAAGACUGCUUUAGUUUCUGAUACCUAUCUAUCUCUCCUUAAUGUCAACUAAACCUGGUGCAGCAGUAUUUUCUGAUUGUUUCAAACAAGGUAUAGACAGGGAAGUCUUAAAAAAAAAAAAAAAAAGGGUUAAUGUAAAACAUUUUGUACUUGCAAGUGUUCAUUUUAUUUUUUUAAAUCCUUGUUUGUCAGGUGGAACUACUCAGAGUGAUUACAAACCAUGAAAUUGCAAGGCGAAGAUUAUAAUAAAUAAAUCAGUACAUUUAUAUUUAGAAAGUGAAGGAUUGUGCAUGCAGUUCUAACGUGGUAUAAUUACAGUAAGUUGAAGCAGGUUUUUAGGCCAGUAUAACCAGAUGGAGUCUGCAGGCGUGAUAUACGGUAUGCAUUCUUUUACGCAUGUAUGGGUUCCAUUAUUAGGUCAGUGUCUCAAACAUGUCAGCAACUAAAUGUAAAUGUGGUUCAAUUAAAAAAAAAAAAAAAAAAAAAAAAAAAAAAACUUGAAAUAUGGAAUUGUUGAACAGAAGGUUUGUGAUUUUUAUAAAAGGAACACUAUUUUAUACACGAGUAGCUCUGAUUCUUCAAGCGGUUUGUCUAAGGAAUUCAAUGAAAAAAAUCAAGGAUGACUAACUACUUUUAAGAAGCUAUAAAGCAAGUGCAGUAUACUUUGUUUUGUUUUUUAUGUUUUUGCAUUAUUCGGCUUUAUCCAGGGUAUCCCUCCCUUCCAUUAUCCUGGAUAAUCGAGUUUACUGAAGACAGUCCUUACCAGCAAUCAUGUUUAGUAUAAAAGCAACCGUUCUAUUACUAGCCAAGAUCUAAAUCACAAAGUUUUGAUAAACUAAAGCUCUUGUCAUAAGUUGGCUACAUGUUUUUAUUUGAAUGUUUUAAAUCUGCACUUGCAUAUUUUUUGUGCAGGAGAGGAUUCUAUAAGGCAUUCUACUAUCAUGAUGUCCCCAUAUAAAUCAUAUUUGGACAGAAUGAAUAUAGAAACUGCCCUUUCUGCUUAUACUUGGUUCUGUAGACCUAUGUCACUGAACACAGAUUAUAACUUAUUUUUAUUGAAGUUCAUUAAUACAAGUAAUUUUAUUGUGUACUGUGAUUUAAUUUGUGUUGCUGUUUCAUUAUGUAAUGUUCCUCUCAACACCUAUAUACUGGAAACCAAGUAUUUUAUUAUAAAUGGUAUUAAUUCUAAAUGAUUAGAAUUGUGUUUUUCAUUCAAGAAAACGCCAUUAAAAAGUUAAGUCUUAGUUGUUUAUGUCUUUAUUGGGUGUGUUUCUCCAUUUUUCAAAAAAAAAAAAAAAAAAAAUGCUAUUGAUGAUUUUGAGUAAAAAGCUUUGAGCAUUUAGACCCGCGAGUCCACUGUGUCGUUGAGAACCCAACAUAAUUAAAGCAAUGCAAACACAUCUGUCCUUGGCUGAUUAACCUAAACAAUCCCAAAAGCUUUCAGGCACAAGCUUUUGGUCACUCUCAUUCUUUUGAACAAUAUGCAGUGGUCAUGGGUAUAGCACCAACUGUUUUUCAGAAUUUUCAGUAUUUUGAAUACAUAUUUAAAUAAACCCAUUCCUUACUGUUAAAAGGCCAAGAGUAAAAGUGGCCUUAUAUUUGAAAUGUGACUCCCUGUCUGUGAUGUUGUGAGAUUGCAGACCUGUGAGCUACAUCCAGCCUUUGUAAUUCAACUUGUGAUAGUCCAUAUGCUCUGUGGUAUUUAAUGCAUAUCUUUGAGCGUUCAGGGAUGCUUGGUUACAAAAAGUUAAAAAUGCCUGAGAAACAUAGGUGGAAGUUUAACUAUAGAGAGCAUGCAAGAAAUGCUGGGGAUGCUAAUAGAUCAAGUUCACGUUAAAAAGCAACCCAAAUUCAGCCCCCAAAAAUGUAAUAACAUACUCACAAAUUAGUGUGAUAGGUCCACAGGCAAAAUUAUGGGUGGUUGGACUGCAUCUCAACUUGUUCUUAUCUGGUAACACGAAAGGCAAAUACAGCAGCUCAAAGACAUGAAAACAGAACAGCAUAAACAAAUGAAAAGUGAAAUGCAAAAAUAGGAAUUGCACGGUUUAACCCAAAAUAUAUUUUGUUAAAUUACUUGUAAAAGUAAAAGGACCCUACUUCAAUCCAUUUUAAGGGGAAAGGACAAGUCUAUAAGUUGAUAAUUUUGCCCACAAGUGAUGGAUACAAUUUAAAUAUGUUUCAACUCUUAUUGAAGUACCGUAGGGUUAAUUUCAGAAAUGAACUUGUCUACUGCCACAUUCUUAUUUUUUCGUUUGUGUUGACUGCUUUGUAGGCCUGUAGCGUGUGCAUAUUUUUUAAGAUCAGAAUCCACGGACCAGCAUUGCACAGCAUUUUUUUUCAGUGUUGUCAAUUUUUAGAGCAUGUGUAUGUCAUCAUGUUAAUGCUUUACAGCACUGAUUUGUUUAUUAUGGACCAGAUUUAUCAAGAGUUAUUACACACAAGUAACAAACCAUGUGUAUGCUGUGGCUACAUUGUAAUGUAACAACCAGCUUUACUUUUCUGCCACAUAAAAUAUCCUGUAAAUUGU